CAAAACUCUAUGGAAUAUUUAAUAUAGGAAUGGAACACUUAACUAAACUGGCUGGAUCUAUAGCAAGGAUCCACUGCUCAAUGUGUCACAAAACCCUGGACUCCAGCUGUGAAUAUUAAGGAGUUCUAAUGAUGGGCUGGAUAUACACUUAUUAAACAUUGAAUGCAACCAUUUUAAUGGGAUGUGGUUCUGUCACUGCCAUUGGCAGCAAGGAUGACUUGAAACAUCUGUUCACAUCUUCCAUAUCCUGAAAUCUUUACCAAUCGUCUAAUAUAACUUGUAUAUAUGUUCUAAAGUUCAUCUGUAACACACCUGUUUUGUUGCCUGUGCUUAAAUAUUAUGUACAAAGAGAAAAAUAAAUUCUGUGUGUCCAUAUAUGUUUACGUUAGCCAUUAAAGAAAAAACGUAACCCCUUUAAAAGAACUAUGAGAAAAAAGCCAUGCCAGCUUGUGGCACCAUGGGUACUCACAAAAUAUAAAUAUAUAUAUUAGUCAGAUUUGUUUAAUUAAAAUUGUUUUUAAAAUUGUAAAAAACAAAAAACAACGAUUCACAUGGAACAAUGUAAAUUGCCUAUUUAAUUCUGUGGCCACAGAAAUAUAUUAUCAGUGAGUCAAAUUUAAAUAUUGUUAUUGCAGCUAAAGAAACUAUUCAGGAAAAAAAUAUUAAAAAAAAUAAAUCAGUCAGUAUUAUGAAUCUUUCGGGCAGUUAUCCACAGGGGUCAGAAUUUAACACACUGCUAUGACACAUGUAUGCUUUUUAUUUUUAUUUUUGGGAUGUUUGAUUUUUGUUUCAGUCACAUUGAUUGGAAGCUACCCUAAAAUGUUUGCUGUAACUUAAAGCUGACAAUUUUGUUUGUUUCUGCAAUGGAGUUACACAGUAACAGUUCUUAACAAACAUUGCUACAUUCGUCUAAGCAAACAAGAAUGUGCACACGGUAUGCUGUACACAACUGAAUUUCUAUUUUAUUUUUGUCGUGUUUAAUGUAUAGUAAGUAUUGUGGUGUCUGAAUAUUAUAUGUAUUGGAAGAAAAUAAGUUCUUGAAAUAAAUAUCACACGGCUUGAUGUUUUUAGUGUACGUGUCAUGCCAGCUUGCAAUUAUAGAGAUAAAUCCAGAAUACUAAAGUAUUGAAAAGAUAAACUGGAAAUUCUUUUUCUGAUAGGUCGGUGAAAAAAAAUAUUUAUUACACUGGGACCUAUUCACUAAACAGCGAAUUGAAAUGAAUUGACCACCGACUAACUAAGUGUAUUAAAUAGCAAAACUUGAAAAUAAUAAAAUUUUGAGGUAAUGGUACCAGCUCGGCUAUUACUAAAUAUUAUAAAUCGGUUCUUAUGCCACCAAAAGUCAAAGUUUAGUGAAUGCACCCCUGAGUUACCACAGCUAUACAAUGUAUUUAGGAAAAGCCUGUUAAUACACACUACCAGCUGGAUUAAAAAAUAUCAGUGCAUGUCCUUUGUUUGUUUAUCAUUCUGCUGUUGUGAAUCUGAUGUAAUAUUUUUGUUUUGAUGUUAUUUUAUGGGGUCUGUGUGCAUUUGUGAACUGAAUAUAUUCACUAAACAGCGAAGUGUGGUGAUCCUAGCACCCUUGUGGAAAAAUAC